ACAAAAUAAUUUAUCUGAGUUGAUAUCCACACACUGAUCCUUUUGGCACCAUUUUCAGUUAUCAAUAAAAAGGACUAAAAUCUCAGAAAACACAACACAGACACAAUAAACAAAGAAACCAUGAUGUUGUGCUUGAACCCCUGACUUUGUCUCUACUCUUUACUCAACUUUCCCUUCACUUUCUCUGUUCAGACUCAACCACAACACACAUCCUCACCUAUGCUGAAUUAUCAAACACCUUCCACAAGCCAUGCCAGAGAGGAACACAGCGACUACACUGAUAAUGAACAACAAAUCAGAGAAAUUCAUGCCUUGACCCCACCCCCCAGAAGAGAGCCUAACUGGGAAACGCACACACACAGCCACCACUCUUCUUCUGUGUCCAUAGAAGGUGGUUCCAGCGAGAACUUCAGCGUGAGUAGGGAAUUCAGUGCCCUGGUUCUAGCAGGCUCGAGUAUUGAUCACAACACCACCACCACUAGUCCCAUGAGUGUGAAUAUGAUGCAUGGCAAUGAAGGAGGUGGUAAUAGCAGCAUUAACAACGAGAACACCAAUAGCAACAACUUGGGGAGGAUCGGAGAGGAUGAGUUGCUGAUGAUGGAAGAGACUAACCCUUUGGCAAUUGUGGCAGAUAGCAACCCUUUGGGAGCUGAUUCCUCAUCAUCACCUCCAAGGCGUGGAGGGAACUCUUCUUCUUCAGCUUCUGGUGCUGCUUUGAGUGAGGUCACAGUGCAGAGGGUGAGAAAGGAGGAGGUUGAAGCAAAGAUAGCAGCUUGGCAAAACGCAAAGGUUGCUAAGAUUAACAACAGGUUCAAGAGGGAAGAUGCUGUUAUAAAUGGGUGGGAGAAUGAGCAGGUUCAGAAAGCAACUUCAUGGAUGAAGAAAGUUGAGGCUACUUUUACAGUGACAACAAAAAAGAGCUGGAAAGAUGGUAGCCGCCAGAAAAAAAGCAAUGACCAAAACUUUGCACUCAUUGUGCAGAGGAAGCUGGAGGAGAAAAGAGCAAGAGCACUGGAGAAAAUGCAAAAUGAGAUAGCAAAAGCUCACAGAAAAGCUGAGGAGAGGAAAGCAUCAGCAGAGGCUAAAAGGGGCACAAAAGUAGCCAGGGUUCUGGAGAUUGCCAACCUCAUGAGAGCAGUUGGAAGAGCACCUACCAAAAGAUCUUUCUUUUAAGAUGUAUUAUAGUAAUAAAUGUUAUACUUUGAAACCACAUUUGUAGACAAAUAUGACCAAAAAAAGAAACAUAGAGAGGGAAGAAAAUAUCAUGGCAUAAUAGAUGACAUAGUGUGGUGGUGAGAGUCCUUUUCCUUUUGAAUUCAACUUAAAGGGUUAAGGAGAUGCAGUAUGAAGAAAAAAGAAGAUAUGGGGGGUGUACAUUAUCAUCUUAUAUUAUAUACAAACCAAUUGGAGUGUUUCUGAGUGAUUGAUUAGUGCAUUAGAAUUUAUAGACAUGAUGAUCAUUUGGGUUGGUGGUGCUGCUGAUUAAACGUUUUGUACAUUAAUAAAUUUGGUUUAUUGUCA